AUGAAGCGGUCUCUGUCAGUUUGGCUGCCGGAGUUGUGCUGUUUUGUGGUCCAUAAGCGGUGCCAUGAGUUCGUCACCUUCCAGUGCCCUGGUGCAGAUAAGGGGCCUGAUUCAGACGACCCGAGGAGUAAACACAGGUUUAAGGUCCAUACCUACUCCAGCCCUACGUUCUGUGACCACUGUGGCUAUCCCUACGGGCUGCUACACCAGGGCAUGAGAUGUGACCAUUGUAUGAUGAACAUCCACAAGCGGUGUGUGGCCAACGUUCCCAGUCUGUGUGGAACGGACCACACUGAGAGGAGAGGACGCAUCCAGAUCACAGCAGAUAUCAAGGACAACAAACUCACCGUCACCAGUCAGUAC